AUGGCCAAGAGUACCAGCCAGAGGAGGAGAGAGAAGACGCCCGUGUCUCCAAUCCGGGUUGCUCGGUGGAUGGGUCGGCCCCACAGGUUCAGCAGAUUUGACUCGAAAGGAGGCGAAGCGGCAGAAUUAGGGCACGCACAGGCUCCUCGGGGGACCUGCCUUUCACAGUGCCUUCCCGUGACCCUGGAUGUCAGAUGGCCAGGUGUGUGGAGCUGUUGUCCCAUGCAGGUCAGAAGCGUGGCCUCUGCGAUCACAGUGUGGCAGUCUGUGUUCCCUGGAGAAUUCGGGGGCAGGCAAGCUUGGGGUGAGAAGCUGCACCCAGCCCCUCGCGACAUCGGAGGACCGCAAGGCGCCCCACUGUCCUCCGGCUCCCUGAGCAAAGCAGGAGAAGUGGUGGUCGACCUCUCCCUGAGCGACCUGUCCAGUUUCAGGAAAGAAGAAAACAUCGAGUGGAGCCAGGAUGCCUUCCAGCUUUGCCCAGAGAGGCUCCGGUUCUGUUUGCACGCUGCUGGACAGCUGCAUGAGGCUAAGACCUCGAGCUCAGGAAAGGUCUGGAAACACUCACUGCACGGGGACUGGAUCUACAUGCACUUCAGCGUGAGCUCGGUGGAGAGGCAGCCUCCCACCCCGGCCAUCUGGAAUCCCAGCGGCUUCGGGAUCAACAGGACAGCAGGCGCCCCAAGGAUGGAUUUUCUACCAGUGAUGGGCACACAACAUCCCUGGGUGUUGUGCAGUAACUUUGCCAAACUCACGCUGUACCUCCAGGCGUCUCUUUCCCAGCACCUGGAAGGCAGUGAGCCUCCAGCAGAGAGAGCUGCCUCUCAUACAAUGGAGACUCCGCACCCCAGAAAGGAGCCGCAGGAGCCCAGCUGCUCUGCAACCUCGGGGAUCUCCAGCCUGGCCCUCAGAGCACCCCAGCAGCUUAUCAAGCAGGGGGUUGCCAUGGGGACCGACAUAAGGCAGAAGACCACGCAGCCCAAGCACUGGGCGCCCGGCCCUGAAGAAGCUGUGGAUGAAUGUGGAUGA